UUCAAGGAUACGCACGCUUCUUCACCUUCUCUCUAUCUAUAUACCCCCCACUGAGAGAGAGAGAGAGAGAAAAAGAGUCGCAUCACCACACUGCUUAAGUGAUCAGAUCGUAAGAGAAGAUGGGAGACGCCGCAAGUCACCUGGAGAAGAUGGGAAGAGAACUCAAGUGCCCUAUUUGCUUGAGUCUAUUUAACUCUGCAGUUUCCCUUACCUGCAACCAUGUCUUCUGCAAUGCAUGUAUAGUGAAAUCCAUGAAAGUUGAUGCUACUUGUCCUGUCUGUAAAAUCCCUUUCCAUCGUAGAGGUAAGAUUCGAGGUGCUCCUCAUAUGGAUAGUUUGGUGAGCAUUUACAAGAACAUGGAAGUUGCUUCUGGUGCUCACUUGUUUGUUAGCCAGACUAAACAAUCAUCACCACCAGAAAAAGAACAGCACAUGGGAGAUGCUUCUACUGAAAAGACUAAUGAUAAGAAACGUCAGGGAUCUAGUAAAGGCAGAACCAGAACAUCCAAGAAGAGAGGGUCUAAAAAGACCAAGGAAACAGAUGUAGAUUCCUCUGGGCCUAUUGUUAUGAAACCUUCAUCUCAAACCAAUAAAAGGGUGCAGCUGUCGCAGAGUCAUUCUUCUCAUAGUUUACCGAAAUCUACAGAAUCUCUUGAAUCAUCUGAAAAGCUCAACAAGGAUUACACUGACAACACUGUGAUUCGUUUGAAUGAGAACCCAAGUUUGAACAAAGAAGAGAAUCUAGCACCUUUGUUUUGGUUAAGAGAUGAAGGGGAUGGAGAGAGCUUAAGCCAGCCAACAGAAAGUGAUCAGCUUUUAGACGUAACACCUGUUGAUGUUCCUUCUUUCAGUGAUUUGAAGGACUCCGAUCAUGAGAACCCAUCCAAAGCAGUUGAGAAAGAAAAGCCAAAUCCAGGAGACAUGUUUGACAGUGAAAUGUUUGAAUGGACUCAAAGGCCUUGUUCUCCAGAGAUUCUACCUAGUCCUGUGAAGGCCAAGACACAAGGUAGAGGUGAAAUUGAUCUUCCUCAAAGCAAACUAUCUAAAGAUGCAUCAUCAAAUAAAAAACGCAGAGAAGGAAGUGCAAGAAAUAAAGUUGCUAAAGUACGUGUUGGGGUUUCCAAGGACUACAUGGAAGCGUCUGCAGGAGAAGCUAUUGGUGAGAAACAAGAGACUGGUGAGACUUCUGGCAAAUCUACCAGGAAAGAUGGAAAGCUUGAUGAAAAAGUGAAAGCUAAACGGACUACAAGAAACAAGGGCCAGACUUCAAGAGUUCAGUCUGGUGUCAAAGAAUCUGUGGAAGCAGAGGGAAAGCAGGGGACAAAGAGGAAAAGAUCUAGCGUUAAAGUGUCUGCAGAUCACCCGGUUGCUGGAUCUAAUCAAUUCUCACUUGCAACAGAGAACGUUGGAAAGGGGGAUCAGGAACCUGAAAAACAAAUUACUGCAGAGAAACCCUCUGUUAAAAAGAGAAGAAAAUCUCAAAUAGGUGAUCUGUCUGGGAAAAUUGAAAAGAAGACUUCAGAAAAGAGAUCAAAACCUGAUUCAUGUGCAACCCCAAGCAGAGUUACACAACCGUGUGGCAAGAAAAUCUUAAGUGAUGAGUUGAAUCAAGUGGGUGAUAGACAAGAUUCAACUAACAAAGAGAAACCCAAUGUGGAUAAAGGCAAUCAUACCGUACAAGAUUCAGAGAAACACUCAACGAUGAACAAGCCCUCACUUGGAGGAGGUAGUGUACUUCUGCGACCAUGUGAUGGACUGCCAACAAAUAAAUUGACUUGUGCAUUCUGCCAGUCUUCAGAUGAAACAGAGGCUUCAGGAAAAAUGGCUCACUACCACAAAGGUGAACCUGUCUCUGCAGAUUUUAGUGGAGGGUCUAACGUCAUACAUGUUCAUAAAAAUUGUACUGAAUGGGCUCCAAAUGUAUACUUCAACAGACGUACCGCAGUCAACCUUGAUGUGGAGCUGACAAGAAGCCGGAGAAUAACUUGCAGUUGCUGUGGGCUUAAAGGGGCAGCACUUGGUUGUUACAAUGAGAGUUGCAAGAAUAGUUUUCAUGUAACGUGUGCAAAACUGAUACCGGAAUGCAGAUGGGACGAUAAAAACUUUGUAAUGCUUUGCCCUAUGGAUGCAUCCUCUAAGUUGCCCUGUGAAGAGACUAGUCCAAAAGGAAGAAAACGCCAGCUUACUCCUAAAGGACCACUGCAGUCUCAGCCUAAUCAAGUACCUGAAAAAUCCAACAUCACUGAGCUCCAGAGCAAGCCUUUUCACGGAUUACCCAAGAAAAUGGUUCUGUGCUGUUCAGGACUUACAGAUGAAGAGAAGAGUGUGAUAUCUGAAUUUGCUGAACUGUCUGGAGUUACAAUCUCGAGAAAAUGGGAGCCAAGAGUUACACAUGUCAUUGCAUCAACCAACGAAAAUGGAUCCUGCAAAAGGACGCUCAAGUUCAUGAUGGGGAUCCUGGAGGGGAAAUGGAUUCUGAGCAUUGACUGGAUCAAGGCCUGUAUGAAAAACAGAAAAUAUGUAAGGGAGGAGCCAUAUGAGAUUUCCAUUGAUGUUCAUGGAACACGACAAGGACCUUAUAUUGGAAGACAAAGAGCUUUAAACAAGGAACCAAAACUGUUUAACGGACUAAAGUUUUACAUGAUGGGAGAUUUCGAGGUUGCUUACAAAGGGUAUCUUCAAGAUAUGAUUGUAGCAGCAGGAGGAACGAUCUUGCGCAGGCGACCCAUUUCUAGUGAUGAUAACGAAGCUUCCACGAUUGUAGUAUUUAAUGUUGAGCCAAGCAAGAAGAAAACUCUGACAGAAAGAAGAUCCGAUGCUGAUGCGCUGGCUAGAUCUGUUAAUGCAAGAGCUGCAAGCAGUUCAUGGGUGUUGGAUUCUAUCGCAGGUUGCCAAAUUCUAGACUUGAUAUAAGUUUCGUGAAACCAUCUUCUCUGGAUGUUUUACUUGUUUUCUGGUUUUGUCAGUAAGACUUAUGGAGCAUUAUGUUAAUAGUUUUCUUUUUACGUUUUAGUUAUGGAGAACCAAAUUUUCAGUA